AUGACAAAACCUUUAGUCAUUUAUUAUAGUAAUAUUAAGUCUCAUUCUGGUGAAGUUGCUCAUAAACUUGCAUUAGCUGUACAUGGUGAUAUUUAUGAAGUUUCAUCUGAAUUAAAUCGUGAUGGAGUUAAGAAAUUUAGUAAAAUCCCUAUUAUAUAUGAUGCAAUAGACUUUACUCCUUAUGGACCUAUUUAUAUUGUUGGUGAAACAUCAGGAAGGUAUGUCAUAGGUCCAAUUCGUUCAUGGAUGGAACAGAAUAAGGCAGUCUUGACUGGGGGUGAAAAGGAGUUUGUUUAUUGUAUCUUUGGGAGAAAGCCACAACGUUCAAUUAAAAGUAUGAAAGCUAUUCUAGGAGAACCACGAGACAUAAUCAUGAUUGACAAGUUUGAAUAUCCAUUAGAUGUUCAAACUUUUCUUCAACCCUCUCUCCCUACAACUAAGAAAAACGAACGGUUUACAGUAAAAGUCAAACAUUUUAUUCAUUCUUAA